GUGCUGCUGGCGAUUCCGAUGAACCCACACUUGGAACAGGAACUCGACAAGCGGUUCAAGCUCUUCCGCUUCUGGAACUUCCCGCAGAAGAAGGAAUUCCUGAGGGAGAACACCAACGCGAUCCACGUCGUCACCGGAAACACCUCCGUCGGGGCUGACGCGGAGCUGAUUGACGCGCUCCCCAAGCUGGAGAUAGUCUCCAGUUUCAGCGUCAGCUUGGAUAAGAUCGACUUGGCCAAGUGCAGGGAGAAGGGAAUUCGGGUUACCAAUACCCCCGACGUGUUGACGGAGGAUGUCGCCGACUUGGCAAUCGGGUUGAUGUUGGUUGUGCUCCGAAGGAUUUGCGAGUGUGAUCGAUUUGUGAGGACAGGGUUGUGGAAGACGGGUGACUUCAAGUUGACUACCAAGUUUAGUGGCAAAACUGUUGAAAUUAUAGGGCUUUGAAGAAUUAGUUUAGCAGUUGCCAAG